AGUUCGGAUGUGACGUCACAGGUACACACGCACAAGCAUGGCUGCUUACAGGAGCGUUGGAGUUGGGAGGAAUCUUGUGGCUCUUUUAACGAGAUCGUACCAUGGGCUUUGCAAAACUCCCGAUGUAGUGAGCAGAAGUGCAUUGCCACAUCAGACAACCAACAUGUUCAUCAGGAACAUGUUUGUUCAAACCCAGGACACCCCAAAUCCAAAUAGUCUGAAGUUUAUCCCUGGCCGUGUGGUGCUGGAAUCAGGGACCAUGGACUUUACUGGACCUAGAGAUGCUUAUUGUUCACCCUUGGCAAGGCAGUUAUUCAGAAUCGAUGGAGUCAAGAGUGUUUUGCUUGGCCCUGAUUUCAUCACCAUUACCAGGGUUAACGGAAACACAGAGUGGAAGGUGAUCAAACCAGAUGUUUUCGCCACCAUUAUGGACUUCUUCACCUCUGGACUUCCUGUUGUCAAUGAGGCAGAUGCACCACGUGCAGACACAGCUCCUUCAGAAGAAGAUGAUGAGGUGGUUGCCAUGAUCAAAGAACUGCUGGAUACACGCAUAAGACCCACAGUGCAGGAAGAUGGUGGUGACAUUCUGUAUCGGGGUUUUGAGGACGGAAUUGUAAAGCUGAAGCUGCAAGGAGCCUGUACUAGCUGUCCUAGCUCCAUCAUAACGAUGAAGAACGGCAUCCAGAACAUGCUGCAGUUCUAUGUUCCUGAGGUGGAAGGAGUUGAGCAGGUGAAGGAUGAGGAAGUGGCUGUAGAAGAUAAAGUCAAGGAAUGAGAGGAAUGAAUUCAGCUGGCCUAUGUCACUACCUUAGCCAGUGGUCAAAGUUGCUUUUUUUGUCCAAUCAUAUGCGAGUUUGACAGUGGCUACUCAGUUAUACACCUGUAAAGAAGACUGAAAAAUCUGUGUAUCUUUCUUUAAACACAUUAGCUCCAGGCAUUGCUAUGGCUCCAAGCAUACAUUUUGACUAAAGAAUAUUUGGUUGGUGCUGUGACAGAUGUUGGAUUGUUCUCUUGUAAUAUAUUUUACGGAUUUGAAUUACUUGUGUCUCUCGGUGCACUGUGAAAAUCUCUCGAAGCAGAGCAUUUCCUGUGUAUUUUAAUAAAUGUAAAUAGUACAGUAUUAUGCCAUUAUGUGAGAAAACACGCACAAAAGCAAAUACAGCUAGGGUUCUCUUUAUUUCAUUAUUCAGAUCCAGAUUGUAUGGGUCAUUUUAGAAUUGCAGUGACUUUUUUUUCUCAAAAGCCAAACUCUUGUGUUAUAUUAACUCAUCUUUAAAUAUCAAAAUAUAUAAGCUUGCAUAAUAUUUAAAAAUACCUUUAACAUACAUAAUCUGAAAUAUUUUUAGUGGUGUUACACCUAUGAUAAAAUCCAACAAUAUCAGAAGCAUCAGUUUUCUUAUUGAAUUCGUUUUUAAGGAUGAAAGAACAAAAAAAACGUUUUUGUUUAUGUUGCAGUUUAUACUGUAUAUAUAACUAUUUGGACAAAACUGAAAAUGAAGGACAGAAUCUGCACUAUACAAUUGUAGCUACACGCUAUGUUAAAGUCAUAACUACAAAAUUAAUAAAGCUGUUGAAACUUUUUUGUUUUGCUAAUCUUAGGAAUGCUGUAAUAUAAAAAAAGAAAAAUUGGUAAAUGUGAAUAUUUCAGAUACAGAUUUACUGCCUUUGUACAGAGAGUUGAAUGAUGGAUUUAAAUUCCAAGACAAAAUUAGAAAAAAAGGACUGGGUUAGAAAUGGAGGUGUAAAUUGUAUGUUCUGUAUGCAAUAAGAUGAUCUUUCAUAAACAGAACCUUUGUUUACAUGCAUAGAUUUGAUUUAUUUUAUGCUAUUAGAUGAAACGUGUUUGAUAAAAUUGUUAUCAAAAGAGAACAUGUU